UGGGGCGCCUCUUCGCUGCUCCGGCGCUCUGGGAAUACUAUCCGCUUUUUUGGCGAAGAAAACUAGCUAAAACUAACUACUCCUCGCACGUUUACCGCUUCUCCUCUGCUGCACUGUCUCUUCUGAAAGACUGCAACGUACAUUUUUGUUUCUUCUCUUUUUUCACUGUGGAGCUACGGAGGAAACAGCGAGAUACACUGACAGCUGCUCUCUGAAGCCUGCACCCAGCCGGGUUUUACCUACCUGCUCGGUGGAUCGCUGCAGUCGCACUGUUCGGAAGCCGAGGAAGUUUACUGAAGACUGAACGCUCUUAGAGGGAGAACCUCAAAGGGGGGGUCUCAGCCCCUAACGCCCCACCAACCUCCCCAUCUUCAAACCCCCUACACCCCCUGAGAGAAGUCGGAGGAACUGGUGGAUUGGGAAAUCAUUUCGCGCAACAAAACCUGUCUGUGGGAGGUGAAUCUGCUGUGGGCCAUGUGUUUCUAGUGAGGUCUCAUCUUCUGCCAAAAUGAGGCUGACGCCCGGCUCGCCUCGACCCGUCCUGCCAGCCAUCUUGGCUCUCACCUUAGCCGCCUUCUUACCUCAGCUGUCCUCAGGAGCCACGCCGUUCCCUCAAGACCUGGAACCAAUCAGCAUCGUGGGCAGAGAAUCCUCCUACCUCUACCCCAGCUUCCAGGGACUCCUGUCGGACAAUGACACCGUCCGCCUGGGCCUGGAUUUCCAGAGGAUGCUGAGGAUCAACCACAUGCUCUACAUCGCUGCUCGGGACCAUGUGUUUGCCGUCAAUCUCGCCGUUUCAUCUGAGCAGAUAAUCCCACGGCAGAAACUGACUUGGAAGACGAAGGAUGUGGAGAAGUGCACUGUGAGAGGGAAAAACAGCGACGAAUGUUACAACUACAUCAAAGUCCUGGUGCCACGCAACGACGAGACGCUUUUCGCCUGCGGCACCAACGCCUUCAACCCCACCUGCCGUAACUAUAAGAUGUCCACACUGGAGCAGGAAGGAGAGGAGGUUGUGGGACAGGCUCGCUGUCCCUUUGAGUCCCGCCAGUCCAACGUCGGCCUGUUCGCAGGUGGUGAUUUCUACUCUGCAACUAUGACUGACUUCUUGGCAAGUGAUGCAGUCAUUUACAGAAGUCUGGGAGAAAGUAGCCCUGUACUACGAACAGUCAAGUACGACUCCAAAUGGCUGCGAGAGCCUCAUUUCCUCCACGCUAUUGAGUACGGGAACUACGUGUACUUUUUCUUCAGCGAGAUCGCAGUGGAGUACACCACUCUUGGCAAGGUGGUUUUCUCCAGAGUCGCUCGCGUUUGUAAGAACGACAACGGCGGCUCCCCGAGGGUGCUGGAACGUUACUGGACGUCGUUCCUCAAGGCGCGGCUGAACUGCUCCGUCCCCGGCGACUCUUUCUUCUACUUCGACGUCCUGCAGUCGCUGACCAACGUGCUGCAGAUCAACCACCGGCCGGCGGUGCUGGGCGUCUUCACCACGCAGGCUAACAGCAUCACCGGCUCGGCAGUCUGCGCCUUCUAUAUGGACGACAUCGAGAAGGCCUUCAGCGGCAAAUUCAAAGAGCAGAGGAACAGUGAGUCGGCGUGGACACCUGUUCCAGAGGAGCAAGUCCCGAAACCAAGGCCGGGCUGCUGCGCCGGGGAGGGCUCAGCCGCCGCCUACAAGUCGUCCACCACCUUCCCUGACGACACGCUGACCUUCAUCAAGUCGUACCCGCUCAUGGACGAGUCCGUCCCCUCGGUCAACGACAGGCCGUACUUCACCCGCACCACCAGCAGAUUCAAGUUGACCCAGAUAGCUGUGGACACGUCUGCAGGGCCGUACAAGAACUACACUGUGGUUUUUCUGGGCUCAGACAACGGCCAUGUGCUAAAGAUCCUGGCCAGCACCGAGGGAGCCAACGCAUCCUUCAGCACACAGCUCCUGGAGGACAUCGACGUCUACAACCCUAACAAAUGCAACGUGCAGGGGGAGGACAAGAGGGUGCUGGGUCUGGAGUUGGACCGGGAUCAUCAUGCGUUGUUCGUGGCCUUCUCCAGCUGUGUGAUCCGUGUGCCGCUCAGCCGCUGCUCCGACUACAGCACCUGCAAGAAAAGCUGUCUGUCGUCACGGGACCCUUAUUGCAUUUGGCUCAAGUCAGGCAGCUGUGCCACGGUCUCACCUGGUUUCAAAGGCGCGUUUGAACAGGAUGUGGAGAACGGCUACCAUCAGCACCCUGAUACCUGCCACGAUGUCCUGGCGACCACUCGCAAGCAAAACACGGCACUAGAUUCAGCGUAUGGGAAGACCACACCCACAAGCGCCAGCACAACCUAUCAUGGGGCGGCAUUCCCAAAGGAGGCAGGUGACCCUGAAAGAGGUACAGGUCCUGAUGGCCCUCCCCCAGUGGGGGAACAAGGGUCACCUGACUCGGAGCCAAUCAGUGUGGAGAUGGAGGGUGUGAGGCGGCCACCAGAGCUGGACAAGACCAAUCACAGUGUCCAUUAUACCCUCCUGAUCGCCUGUGUUUUGGUGGCCUUCGUCCUUGGCGCCUUUCUCUCCGGCUUCCUGGUGUCCUGCUACUGUAACCACACGAGCCACAAGACCAAGAAGCUCGAAGAUCCCGAGGCCCCGAUCCCGCACGCUCUGUCGCUCCGCAGCCUGGCCAAGCUCAAUGGCCUCCUGGACAGCCAGAGUAAGGACGACAAGCUGGAGGUGUCAUCUCCAAAGAUCUACAAUUCUUUCUUCGCCAACAGCAAGGAGCAUCACCCGCCAAGGAGAAACGGCCAUCACGGAAUGACAAUGGGAGACCUGGUUCACCCCCACCAUCACCACCUUCACCAUUCCUCGGAGCUCUCCGGUCUGCCGACACCAGACUCCACCCCAGAACUGCCCAUAAAGAGCAUGAAAGCCUUCAAGAACCAGUGGGAGAAGAACCAGAACUGCAACAAUGCCAAAGAACCAAAGUCCCAUAACAUCGGCUCCAGGCCCAGCUCAGCCCUGCUUCACCAGCAGGUCUUCCCCUACUCCCACAGCAUGUCCAAUGGGCAGCCUCUAGUCGGAGGCCACCUCCAUCCAGAGGAACGUAAAAUCCACAAUGUUGAACGUGUGCUAUCUCAGCAGCCUUACCCUGGUUAUUCACAGAAGGUGAUGGAGGUAACAUCACUGGAUGAGCUCCUGAAGCACAUCCACGAGGCGAGCACCAGCAAGACCUCUCAGUUAAUGAGUCCGUCGGGUCUGAUGGCGAGCGGUGGUGGAGGCCAGCUAGCCUUCGCCAACCGCAUCCAACCUCAGAUCCCUGAGACGGAAUCAGCGCCGUAUUACAGCUCGUCCACUUUACCUCGAGACAGCCUCACCCGACGCAUGGAUGUUCCCCCUGACAUUCCCCUGCACCACCAGUCCACCCUGGAGAGGAGGCACUCCUCCCAGAGGCACUCGCUGAUUGCUGCAGCCACCAAGAUGCCCAAUGGAGGUGGAGUAGUAGGAGGAGGGGGUGGAGGAAUGAUCCCGCGCCAGCACAGCUUCAGCCAACGAAAUGGUGGGCCGCACCAACCGCCUCCACUACUGGCACGGAUGAACUCGACGGGCAGCGCCUGCGAGGUUCACUACCCCCUCAUCCCCAGUGGGUACCUGGCACGCCAGCACAGCUACAAUGGAGAGCAGGAGGUCCCACACAGGGGCGCCAUCGUCCGCCGGGCCUCCUCUCUCAAACCCGACGUCCCUCCCAAGCCCCUGUUCAUACCUGCCACGUCCCCGGUCAACCAACAGGGGAAGUUCAACUACUGAGGAGGUUCACUCCUGGACUAGAGAGGGAGUCUCCCUCAUUGUGUCUUCUUAAAGGACCUUUCCUUUGAAGAAAUGCAGUGGGUUCGAGGUUGCACAUCUUCAUAAGAAAACACAACCAAUCGUGUGACAGCGAGUGUCACUGUGGACGAAAGCCUCAACCAAACUUGUUUUUUUUCCCCUUCUUUUUGUCCAGCGAAUAUCUUUGUACCAUAUUGGUAUUGCUCAGCUACUCGCUUAUUAUAGAACCGCUGACUUGGGUGACGUGACGCCACCUCCUUAUAUUAGGCUGCCAAUGUCCUCAGUGUGGAUUUACAAUGCAACUUAGUUUUUGGACGCGUUGAUGUUGGAAGGACUUUACACAUCAGUCAUCAUGAACACUAAAAAACCCGGAGGCGCCUGCGAUGCUUAGAUUCAGGCUUUUGCUUAACCUUUUCUGAUGUAGUGUUGGUAACCAGUCCCCACCCACCCCACCCUCGAAUGUGUUUAUAUUAUGCAUGUGUGUGUAUAUAUAUGUGUGUUUAUAUCCACACCGUAUAUGUAUACAUAUACAUAUGCAGUAUAUGUAACCUGUGGUGAAAAGUCAGCAAAAUUCCCCUGAAAGUAGUUAUGUCUUUGCCUUACUAUACUCUUUCAUCUUUGGGCAUAUCAAACGAUCCCCCCCCCCCCACCAAAUCAUGCACUUCAUUAACACAACUCGUCGUCAGUUGGCUGAAAACAAUGAACCAAAUUUGUUGGUGUUGACAAGAGAAAGGAAAUACUUCAACAAAGCAGCUAUACUCGUCCUUUCUCUCUUUUCUUUUCCUCUCCCAGCAGAUGUCAGGUCAGAAGUGACGCAAUCGGGUCCAUUUAGAUUCCUCGAGAAUGUUUCUAUAAGAUUGGUGCUCCACAAAAUCUAGUGGGUCGAACAUCCUCUGAAAUGGAAAUAAAACAAUACUGUACACUCUGAAAUAUUUUGGACCCAAAGAGGACGAGACAAACAUGCCAUGCCAGCCGGCAUCACGAGAAUGAACAUCAAACAUAGAACGGACUGCAAUUAUUAUAAUUAUUAACUUUGUGGCUAUUGGUUGUAAAUAAAGGAAUAAUUACUAGCCAAAUUUUAACUGUAUGUGUAAAUGUGUGCCUUAUUUAAUAAUAGUGUGUGACAUGGGGGUAGGGGUUAAUGCAAGGGGCUCAGAUGGCUACUAUGCUACAGUAUAUUGUAGGUGUUUCAUUUUCUAUGGUCGUCAGUAUGUGUCAUACAGUAUCUAUUGUAUAUUUGAAGAGUUUCAUUCCAGAAUGAGAUAUUUGUCAUUUAAAAUGUUGUCACCUGUUCUGAUAAACUGGUAACUGUGAAUAUGAUUGUAACACUUACUAUAGAAUCAUAUUUUAUGUUAUAUCUUGAGUAUAUUGAGCCUUUUUUUUUUUUUUGAGAUGGAUACAAUAUUUUGGAAUGAAACCCUUCAUUUCACUCUGUUUUUGUUUUGUUUUUGUUUCUUAGCAUCCCUGAAGUGUGAGCCUGCAGAAGUUUUUUUUUUUUUUUUUUUUUUGGGGUGGGGGGGCAAGUAUUCACAGCCUAAGACUGCAGACAUUCAGGUUUGACUGCCUCCGUAUUUUGUCACUUUCCACUGGGUGUCACUUUCCUUCUAGGUGCCAUUGUUCAUUUUUGUUGGUCUUUUAGCAGUAGCAUUAGCAUCCCUUUGGGUUUCUAAAGGAGCAGUUCACAGUUCCUCUUAAGUUAUCACCUACACACCUGUAGCCAUCGUAGAAGUCACAUUUAACCAAUGGAUAAAGCAAAUAUGUGGCGUUUUGCUGCAGUUCUGAAUGUCAGGUAAUUAUUUUUUAGCUCUUAUUUAGAGGUAAUUGUUGAGAAAAAGAAUGUGUUUGACUGUUGUUUUGGUUUUCUUUAAGAAUUAAAGAAUAAGAGGCGCUGGACUUCUACAAUGGUUACUGCUGUAAAUUUUGACUCACCUGUGUCACUGGGUGUCAACUUCAACAACAAUACAGGAAGCAAAUAAACAGGAGUUGAGAUGACAAAGUCUCUGUUUAGGAAAUAUGUCGAAACGUGGAGAAGUGCAAUGAACUAUGAUCCGACAAGCUGAGAUUAUCUCUUGGAUCGAUACCUGGGAAGCGAUUGUGGAGCAAAGUUCCCAGGUGGCCGCGCUGCCCAACAUCUGGUGAGGGGUUUCCCCUCAGGGAUGGCGAUGCCAGACGGCGCUGCCUGAGAGUCACCACGCCUUCAAGACUCUCCACUGCUGCUCUUUUCAGCAGAGUCACUUUGGCCACGGUCGACUGGAACCGUGAUCAAUUUCUGUGAAAACGGCACUGCACUAUUUACUGUAUCUGAAAGUGGUGUUUAUUGAUUGAAAUUUCCCAGAGCUCAUUUGACCCAAUGUAAAGUUUACUAUUCAUACUCCAACUCCAGUAAAUGAAGGAAAAUAUGGGCUGACCACAAGGUUUGUUGUAAGGAAGAAAUUAAAAACAGUUGAUUUGGAAUUAACAGGCAGCAGAGCAUUAAAUAGCCUUUCAAACAACAAACACAAAACAUCCAACCUGAUCUAAGGUCAAGCCCGUAAGGUUUCAUAAGAGGAAUUGUGUCAGCUACCGUGUUUGAAGAGUCUUUCUUUCUUUUUUUUUAAUCUGCCGGUGACAGAUUGAAUGGGAGAGGGAGCGGUCUCGCCUCUAAAAGCUCUAUCAGUAUUUGAUUUAGUGUAAAUACAUUCUAUCUGGGCGGGGUCUCAUUGAUUCAGUAUUAUGUUGGGUUUUUUUUUUUUCUGUUUGAUUUUCAGGCUACGCCUCUUGAAUUACUAUGAAUUUGGUCUCACAGAAUACCAUUGUAUGUCUCUUAUACUAGGAAUAAAAAUGAAAAUAUGA